AUGGAGGUCGCUCGUACCUCCUUGAUCCAUGCGGCUGCCCCCCACUUUCUGUGGCCGUUUGCGGUCCGAUACGCUGCGCAUCAGCUCAACCUCUGGCCCCGUGUCUCCCUGCCGGAGACUUCUCCGACACUGCAUUGGACGGGAGAGGUUGGCGAUGCGUCGCGUUUUCGGGUCUGGGGUUCUCGAGCUUUUGUUCACGAUACGUCCGCGGACAAGCUCUCCUCCCGCGGUGUUCCUUGUGUUUUCUUUGGCUUUGUCCCGGACGCGUCUGGUUGGAAGUUUUACCACGCCACCUCGCGCCGUGUCCUGCCCUCUCAGGAUGUCACUUUUGACGAGUCCGUGCCCUACUACCGCCUCUUCCCCUACCGCACUGCCCCACUCCCCCCCCCGCCUCUCUUUCUCGCGCCAGGUGUUGCUGUGGUAGACCCCCUCCCCCCUCAGGGUGCCGCUCCCUCAGGUGUGUCCCAGGUAGACCUGGUUGAGCCUGUCGAGGUAGCUAUCGACUCUCGUCCUGCUAGGGUUGUUGAGCCUGAGCGAGCGGAGCCUGAGGGUGCGGAGCUUGGGGGUGCGGAGCCUGGGGUUGCGAAGUCUGGGGGUGCUGAGCUUGGGGGUGCGGAGCCUGCGGGUGCUGAGUCCAGGGGUGCUGAGCCUGGGAGUGCUACGUCUGAGGGUACUGGGACUGAGGGUGCUUCACCUAGAGGAGCUCUCUCCUCACAGCAGCUACGAGAGUGGCGGGAGCUGCCCUCUCCCCAGCGGCUCCGAGAGUGGUACGCUCGGCGCUGGAGUCUCUGGAGUGGCGCUCCUAGUGUGGCGGACCCUAGUGCUGGAGGUGCUGCUACUGCUAGCGGUGCUGCUGGUGCUGGUGGUGCUGUUGGUGCGGCUGGAGGUGCUGCUGGUGCUGGUGCUGCUAGAGCUGCUGGAGGUGCUGCUACUACUGGAGGUGCUGCUGGUGCUGCUGGAGCUGCUGGAAGUGCUGCUGCUACUGGCCGUGCUGCUGGCGCUGCUGGAGGUGCUACUGGAGCUGCUAGAGCCGCUGGUCCUGGGGGUGCUCGUACUGGAGUCGCAGUCACAGUUACAGCCAGCCUCUCUACUGCCUAG